ACAGUGCGACUAAGCACAAUAAACAGUAAUACAGGAGGUUGAGAAGGACAUGUUUGGGGAGGCCUUUACCUGACAUCCAACAGCACACAGUGAGUUAAAGGCUGUCUCAGAAGCUCAUAGGCAGGGCCUCCACAAAAUGACUUUAAAGGCUCUCAUUUCACACACAGAGCUAAACACUCAUGAUCUCUCACAGCACCAGUUCUCCACUGUAGAAAAUGGACCUAAGGAUGUUAUUUUCCUCCUUUCUGCUUCUACCAUGGAUGUUCUGUGCAACAGCACAAAAUGAUCACAUGGAGCUCGAAGACAGCGGUUUUCUGAGAGCGGAUUUAGACGAGUGGCAGGCAGAAGAUAGCGUUUUCAUGGAGGUGAAGAAAAAAAAGGAAAAGGUCAUUGCAGCCACAGACUAUGAAUCAGUUUCGAAUGCAGGUGAUGAAGGUUCAGCAUUAGAGAAAAAGGAAGCAGAUCUUCCCACUUGCUUGCUGUGUGUAUGCUUGUCUGGAUCUGUGUAUUGUGAAGAGGUCAGCCCAGAUUUGACAACAGUACCGGCUCUGCCAAAAGAAACCACAUACCUUUAUGCACGCUUCAAUAAAAUCACCAAAAUCACCAACAAGGAUUUUGCUGAUGUCGGCACAUUGAGAAGGAUCGAUCUGACUGGCAAUCUCAUUUCGGAAAUAGAAGACGGAGCCUUCUCUAGACUGGACCAGCUGGAGGAACUAACUCUGGCUGGGAACCGACUCACAAAACUCCCGAUGCUGCCUCCACAGCUUACCUCGCUCAACGCCAAUCAUAAUCGGCUCAAAACAAAAGGCAUCAGAUCAACUAUUUUAAAAAAACUCCGAAAGCUGAGGUACCUCUACAUUGGUGACAAUGAACUGGAGGCCAUUCCACCACUUCCUGAGAGCCUGCAUGUUGUGCAUCUCCAUAAUAAUAAUAUAACCACCAUGACGGACGAAACUUUCUGCAAGGGCAACGACACACACUACAUCCGGUACAGCAUGCAGGAGGUGCGACUGGACGGGAACCCCAUCAUACUCGCCCAGCACCCAAACAGCUUCAUCUGUCUCAGAUCUCUUCCCAUCGGCCUCUACAAGUAAGCCGAAGACCUGGUGGAGUGACCGGAGAGAGGGAGAGAGGACAUGCCUCCUCUGCGGCUGUCCAUCUGGCACCCGGGGCUCCUCUGACCACAUCCGGUUAUUAUUCCAAGCUCCUUUAGUAACUGCAGAAGGCUUCCAAAGUUUGGUCUUGUCCAGGUUUUGCUUUGCAGUUAGGCAUCGGCGAUGUCUAACACCUUAAACUACUGUAUUAAGUAGUAUAACUAAAUAGUACACCAUCUGUGGUAUAUGUAUCAGAUAACAUUUUAAAAGCUUGUGGCGCAUGGAAAAAUAAAACUGUAUAAAAGAUAAAUAAGAAGUAAAAAUGAAGCAUGGAAAGAUGCAAUACCUGUAAAGAUGUUAAAGGUUCACUUUAUGGAUUUGUUCAAAUGUUUGACAAAUGUGACAUUGUUAAAAUGAUAAGUGAUAUGCUCUAAUAAUCCGAUCUUUUAAUUAUUAAUAAAUACUUUUCUUGGUCUUUUAACCCAA